CUCCAUCGCAGGACGCGUGUGUGUUGGGGCGCGUUGGCACUGGGAGGCCCUCGCCGGAGAGGCUUUGGCCAGGCCUGUGGAACCACUGAGGUCCUUACCACAUUGUGGGUGCAAUCGGCCGAGGGGUGAGCUCGGGCGCUGCAGGCCGCAGGGCCCGCCUAUAUGGGUGAGGCCAAGGACCAAGGCUCCGCCCACCAGGCGGGAGGAGGGAACCCUUUAAGAAGACUAGAGUGAUCUCUCGGAGCUGGGGAGAGAAAGGGCUUCUUAAGAUCUCCAUGUGACGGCAGUGCCGAGAAUCUUCCUUGCAACUUACUCGACUCCCUCCUCCAGCCUGGAAAAUCUAGGUUAGAGGCGCUUCCCAGGAUGUCUGUGAUCUUACCACCCCAGACCGCGGGACACGCAGACUGUCCCCAAGUGAUGGAGCUGCAAAAGCGAGACUAUCAUGUGGAAAGGUCGCUGUUGAACCAGCAGCAGCUGGAGGAGCUGGGACAAUGGAGCUUAGCACCCAGGACCUACCGGUGGCGAACCUGGUUUCGAUGCUCCCGUGCUCGGGCUCGGGCCCUUCUGCUUCAACACAUCCCAGUCCUGGGCUGGUUACCCCGCUAUCCUGUGCGUGAGUGGCUCGUGGGUGACCUGUUAUCUGGCUUGAGUGUGGCCAUCAUGCAGCUUCCACAGGGCUUAGCCUAUGCCCUCCUGGCUGGACUGCCCCCUGUGUUUGGCCUCUAUAGUUCCUUCUACCCUGUCUUCGUCUACUUCUUGUUUGGUACUUCUCGGCACAUCUCUGUGGGAACCUUUGCUAUAAUAUCUGUGAUGGUGGGUGGUGUGACAGAAUCCCUGACUGCAGACGAGGCCUUCCUGCAAGGCUUGAACACCACAGUUAAUGAUGCCCGCGUGCAGGUGGCCUACACACUCAGUUUCUUGGUUGGCCUCUUCCAGGUGGGGCUGGGCCUGGUGCACUUCGGCUUCGUGGUCACCUACCUGUCGGAGCCUCUGGUCCGCAGCUAUACCACGGCUGCGUCUGUGCAGGUCUUCAUCUCACAGCUCAAGUAUGUGUUUGGCAUCCAUCCGAAAAGUUACACUGGGCCACUGUCCCUCAUCUAUACGUUGCUGGAUAUCUGCUGGAAGCUGCCGACAACUGUGCCUGCCACGGCGGUCACUGCGCUGGUGUCAGGAGUGGCGCUCGUGCUGGUGAAACUGUUGAAUGGCAAGCUGCAGCGAUUUCUGCCCCUGCCGAUACCUGGGGAGCUACUCACGCUCAUUGGGGCCACAGGCAUCUCCUACGGUGUGGACCUGAAGAACAGCUCCGGGGUGGAUGUUGUGGGCACCAUCCCAGCAAGGCUGGUAUCUCCAGUGGCACCUAAUCCUGAAUUGUUUGCCAUGCUCGUGGGAAAUGCCUUCGCCAUUGCCGUGGUUGGUUUUGCCAUUGCCAUCUCCCUAGGAAAGAUCUUUGCCCUCAGACAUGGCUACCGUGUGGACAGCAACCAGGAGCUGAUAGCCCUUGGCUUCAGUAACUUCAUUGGAGGCAUUUUCCAGUGCUUCCCUGUGAGUUGCUCAAUGUCUCGGAGCCUGGUGCAGGAGAGCACUGGGGGCAACACGCAGGUGGCCGGAGCUGUGUCAUCCCUUUUCAUCCUCCUCAUCAUCCUCAAACUUGGGGAGCUCUUUCAAGAACUGCCCAAGGCUGUCCUGGCUGCCAUCAUUAUCGUGAACCUAAAGGGCAUGUUGCUGCAAUUUGCUGAUAUAUGCUUCCUCUGGAAAGCAAAUAGAAUGGACCUGCUUAUCUGGCUGGUGACCUUUAUAGCCACCAUCCUACUGAACCUGGACCUGGGCCUGGCCGUUGCAAUAGUCUUCUCUCUGCUGCUCGUGGUGGUGCGGACACAGCUGCCCCACUACUCUGUCCUGGGGCAGGUGCCAGACACGGAUAUUUAUAGAGAUGUGGCAGAGUACUCAGGGGCCAGGGAGGUCCCAGGCGUGAAGGUCUUCCGUUCCUCAGUCACCAUGUACUUUGCCAACGCCGAGCUCUACAGUGAUGCGCUGAAGAAGAGGUGUGGUGUGGAUGUUGACCAUCUCAUCGCCCAGAAAAAGAAGCGACUCAAAAAGCAGCAGCUGAAGCAGAAACGACUUCAGAAAGCCAAGCAGCGUCGGACACAGGAUACCUCUCCCCAGGUUACCUCUGUUUCCAUCCAUGUCAACAGCAGCCUCGGGGAUAUCAAGAGCAAUGACGUGGAGGGCUCUGAGGCCAAGGCGAACCCCACGGAUGAGCUGGAGGACGCAGUAGCCAGCAGUCAGGAAAACGACAAGGUCCCAAACGUGACCACGCUGAAGUCGCUGGGGCUGCCCCAGCCUGGCUUCCACAGCCUCAUCUUGGACCUGAGCACCCUCUCGUUUGUGGACACUGUGUGCAUCAAGAGCCUGAAGAACAUUUUCCGUGACUUCCGGGAGAUCGAAGUAGAGGUGUACAUCGCGGCCUGCUUCAGCCCUGUGAUUACUCAACUGGAGGCCGGACACUUCUUCGAUGACUCCAUCACUAAGCAACAUCUAUUUGUCUCUGUCCAUGACGCUGUGACCUUUGCCCUCCACAAGUCAAAGUCUGGCCCCAACAGCUCUAUUUUGGCCACCAAACUCUGAUUAUGCCGUCUGAGACUGCCUACCUGUGGAGGUUGUGACAGGUCCUCCCACGAGAAGCUUCUUGGCCCCUGGCUAUGGCUACAUCCAGGUGCUACCCAGGCAUCCUUCCACACACACAUAAAUAACUCAGGGAUGGAGGUCCUGGGACUCCAAGUUCAGUGUUGCUGGCCUAGGACAGGGUGCCACAGUCAGGCUGGCCUUGGCUGGGCUGUCAAUAUGUGUUUUCAACCUUGGUAAUAAAGAUGUGUCUGUUGAACUCCAA